AUGAUCUCAAAGCCAGAGCUUCUUUCAAUAGAGGAAUCACUCUUUCUGGAUUUUUUGUUUUUGAUCAACAAUACCAGUAUAUCCACGCCACAGUCUUUGAAUCCUCUCAAGUCCUUUCCCCAGCCUAAUUCGACGUGGUAUCUGAAUGAUGAUGCUGAGUCGCUGGCCGGGAAGGACAAAUCGGAGUUUGCGGGGAGUUUCAUCGACUUGCCGCAUAAGGAGAAGACAGAUAUAAAGACGAAUCUGAUGCUAAGCAUAACGAAGCUGUUGGAGGAAUUAGAUGCUGAAACGGAAGGUAGCGGUGGUGAAUUUGGUGCCGAAAGUUGGGAAAGGGACAAUCACCAUUGGUGGCUUCAGGCAUUGAGCUUAUUACUACCACCUUUCGGUAAAUAA